AUGGAGGAUUUUAUAUCCACUCAUGGUUUGAAUGCAAUUGCUAUAUCAAAUACUGAUACUGUGAAUGAUCAUCCAUUAGUUUGCGAUUUCAAAAUAUCAAAAAUAUCGAAAAUUCAUCUCGUAAUUCCAUAUGUCAUCUUAUCGAUCGCAUGCUUAUUAUGUUUAUACUGCCCAACGGCUUCUGUCACACGUAUUAACCCAAUACAAGUUAACAAAUCAGCGAAUUUCAGCAAAUAUAAAAUUUCGCAUACAGACGUCAAAUAUACAGAUCAAUACGUAGACAUCUAUUUACAUCCUGCAGAAAAGGGAAGCAAACUCAAAAUUAAAGGCCAAAUUAAUGUUUCUCUUUACAGAAAAAAUUUAAUGGUUAACACAUUUGUUUCUGACAUUAAAGAAUCCAUAACUGCAAAGACACCAGCAGUCAGAGCUCAUGUUCUUAAUUUCGAUAGAAUUGAUGUUGAAUUUAAUUCGGAACAACUAAAUCUCUUUGAUUCAGUUGAAAUUACUUGCGCAAAUCGUAAAUUCACCAAGAUAUUUAUCGGUUUCGAAGUGUUCAUUUCCGUUAUUUCCGCUUUUUAUUGCAUUAAUUACUUCAUAAACGUGGGUAGCUUUGGGGUAAUCCCAACCUUUGAGCAGCAUCUUACACUUGGACUGAUAAUCCUUUUAGUCUGCUAUACAGAUCUCUUCUCUCUCUUUGAUUUGUAUUUUGCAAGUUAUGUCAACAUUUUUAGGAAGAUAUUUUCAAGGGAUUUGUUCUUCUCUUACUUCAUAUUCUACACAUUAUCGAUCUUUUCUUACUUUGGACGAGAGCAAAUUGAUAAUCCCCAUCUUACCAUCGCAAUUCCUUAUUUAAUCCUUUCAUUUAGCGUUCUUUUAUUACUUGCUUUAUCAUCUACAAUUAAUAACAGGCAGUACGCAGAGCUUUUCCCAAUGUUUUCCGGUUCAAAUAUGUGUUUCAAUAUUUGCCAUUGCGUAAUGUUCAUUUUAUACGCAAUAUAUUAUGUGGUCAAUGCAAUUCUUGUGAAAGCAAAGGUUAAAACUGUUGAUCAAAACAGAUAUUACAAUUAUUUGACAUUUUCUGUUCAUUACAUCGUUAUUUUAGAUCUAACUAUUGUCCUAGGAUUCUUUAUCCCAGAAACAAGUGCUUUGGCCUUCAUGCCAGCAGGAGUUUUCACUGCUUGUUCAAUUUCACUUAUUUACGCCCAUAAGACAGUUCCUGAGAAGAACGCUUUGUAUGAAAAGGCUGAAACAAUCGAUGCCGAUAAUGAAAUGAUCGGAGCUGCUGAAAUUGACGAAACUCGUCCAAUUAAACAGCCAAUUCCUGAUAUAUCAGACCAUGACUCCUCCCAACCAGCUGAAUAUGUUGAUAAGGAGGAAGAUAUCAAUGAACCUCUUUAA